UUUCUAGCAACAUAUGGUGGUAUUAUAUAUCCAGGGCUUUUUAUUGGUUCCUUACUGUAAGACUUUAUUGACGUUAAGCGGAAAAAUUUUUGGCAAAUGUUUGUUCAUCAUAUGGUCACACUGCUACUUAUGGCAUUGAGCUGGGUUUGUAAUUUACACCGCGUCGGUUCCUUAGUUCUUGUCGGACAUGACUGUGCCGACAUAUUUUUAGAG